AUGAGAAACGGAUUAUCACUGACCUCAGAGCUAAAGUGUCUGAUAAUGAAUUUAGAAGUAGCAGUGGUUGCUCUUGAAGGAGGACAGUUCCAGUUUCCUCCUAAUACUGUCCUAGUGAGUGCUGUGUAUGCAGUAUCACUCUCAAAGCCUCUCCUCAAACGACUCAAGUUAGAGAUACAGCACUGCGUUGAUUUAACAGGACAACCAGCUCUUAGUCGUUAUCUGAAGUUUGCUAUAGCUCCCGUGAGCACACCCAGUCUUCCUUACCAGUUCUCAAUAAUUAAGGGAGGAGAGUUUAGCUCUAAUAGUGGGUAUGGAUCCAUUCAACGUGAAGAGUUCUGUUUGGUAUGCAUACUGGGAUUGUUAAUAGCAGGAGAUGAUGGAGGAGGAGGAGGAGGAGGUCAGCAGCAACCUCAAGGACAAGGAGCAGGUAUAGUAGCAGCUCAACAGCAACAAGGAGAAGGAGGAGUACUGACAGUACUAGCCCAGGGACAGCAACCAGGAGUUAAUGAACAAACCAACGGACAACAAGGAGAGGAGGGACAAGAAGGACAACAAGAGGAAGGAGAUGAAUCACAAGGAGGACAGCAACAACAACAAAAUGAAUCACAAGGACAGCAACAACAAGAAGAACAACCGCAACAAGAAGAAUCACAAGAAGGAUGGCAUAGAGAAGAAGGAGGAGAUAAUCACAAAGAAGGCAGAGGACAAGAGGAAGAACAACAAAAUCCUGUCCAUGUACAUGUAGAAACAGAAACUGUUAGCAAAGCUGUGCUUUGUACUGAGACUAGCAUAGGCUAUACUGAUGUAAGAAAAAAUAUGAAAUAUUUUGGACUGAUUUAUUAUAGAGAGAAAGGAGUAGAAGAUUUAGUGACAUUCACUGUAGCUAAAGAAUUGGAGGCACUCACUCAAUUUGUUGAGCGGAAAUACUCUGAAGCUGAGAUUGGACCAAAUAUUUCCUUUCGUUUUAAGUUUCCUUAUGAACAUUAUAUUGAAUUAAACUUUAAUGCACAUCAGGAUGAACCAACUACAGGGUGGAUAGUUCAACCACACACUAAACCUAGCAGACUAUAUCAAGAGGACAUUGAUAAAUUUGGUGAUAAAGAAUAUUGUUAUCCUUCGUGUUGUCUCAUUUCAGUUUAUGGAUCGCCUGAUGCUGUCCCUUUUCUUAAUUAUUCUGUACCUCUAGUAGGAGUGGUUAACCUAGUUACAUUGAUCAUUCAUAGGGCACGAAGAAAUCCUCCUCCUCCUUCAACAAGUCCAUCAACUACUGUUAAUGUCGAAAAAAUAAAGAAAGUGAUCAAUGAUGUUCUUCAAUCUCAUUAUGCUGAUCUUACUUCACUACCAAUGGAAGCAGUCCCUGAACUUGCAAAUAAAUUAUUUACUCUUCGUUUAAUCAAUAAAGUUGUCAGAGAAAAUCCUUCAAUAGACAAAAUCAUUUCAGAGUUCCAGGCUAGUCUUACUUUCCAGAGGGAGUUGUCUCAAGUGAAGGAGCACUGUCAAAAGUUCUUAAACUCAUUCGUUGAAGUUAGUGGCAGUUUUGCUUAUGCAGCAAUUGCUUUACACAAGGACUGGAUUGAAGCUAUUAGAAAUAAAAUUGAAAAUAGUGAUUUUAAUAUUGUUAUUGAUGAAUGA